ACAGUGAAGAGAGUUCAAAGUUGAAAGGUUGAGGUCAGGUCUCCAACAUGGCGCCGUCCGUGCAGGAUUUGGCGGUCCCGGCUGCAGUUUUAGGCGCCGGGGUAGCUCUUGUGCUGAUCAGGCGCUUCUACUUCCACCCGGGCAUCUGCAGGAGCCAGCGGGGCAUGGCGGGGAAGACCGUCCUGAUCACGGGAGCGAACUGCGGCAUCGGGAAGGCGACGGCACUGGAGCUGGCCAGGCGCCGAGCCCGCGUCAUCAUGGCCUGCCGGGACCCGCAGAAGGGACGACAAGCGGCCGCCGACAUCCGAAAACACACCGCAGACGGCGAGUUGGUGGUUAAGCAGCUCGACCUCGCGUCUCUAGCGUCCGUCAGACAGUUUUCCGAAGAGAUUCUGAAGGAGGAACCGCAGCUGGACGUCCUGAUCAACAAUGCCGGGGUGUUCCAGACGCCGUUCCUGACGACGGAGGACGGGUUCGAGCUGCAGUUCGGAGUGAACCACAUGGGCCACUUCCUCCUCACCAACCUGCUGCAGGACCUGCUGAAGCGAUCCGCUCCCAGCAGGGUGGUGGUCCUCUCCUCGCAACUCUACCGCCGCGGCAAGAUAGACUUCCACAACCUGAACGGCGAGAUCUACUACGACAGGGCGGCCGGGUACGCCAACAGCAAGCUCGCUAACAACCUGUUCACGCGCGAGCUGGCCAGGCAACUGGAGGGAACAGGUGUCACGGUCAACUCCGUCUCUCCCGGGAUGGUCUGGACGAACCUAGGCCGCCAUGUCCACCACCCGCUCUGGAAGAAGGUCCUGUUCGCGCCGCUGGCGAUGUUUCUGUUGGGGACGCCGUGGGAGGGCGCGCAGACGGUUCUGUACGCGGCUGUAGCCGAGGAGCUGGACGGGGUGACAGGAAGGUACUUCCGCCAGUGUAAGGAGAGUCCGCUGGACCCAGCGGCCACGGACGAAGGGGUCGCCAAGAAACUCUGGGAAGUCAGCGAGAAGCUCGUAGGGCUAGACUUACAAUAAGUUAUAAACGCAACAACAGACUUAGAACGAGUAAUAAACGCAGCAACAACGCAAGUCUGGUUACUUCUGCAAAUUAAAGAG